AUGAAUUUAUUCUCCUUUCCUACCUUGAAUAUUUCAUUACACAUUUUUAUGAAGGCGCUCAACUGUUGCAAAGCGCAUUUUGUAGCUAGCACACUCUCGCCAAGUAACAAUAUAUUAAUAACGAACAUAGAGGUAAAUAAACAUUUCCGUCCCGAAAAGAGAGUCCCUCAUGUUGAAAGAAGUUUGGUAGGACUUCCCCCCUGCAAGGGAAUUAGAAGAAAGGGGAAAUGUUUCCAUUACCUGAGAAUACAUGCCAUAGGGGGCGAAUCCCAAUUUGGCAAAAAGCCCAACCCAUUAGUACGUCCAAAAAGGAGAAUAUUUCCCAAUGUGCGUAAUUUAGAGAGUAGGGGUGCGAAGGACAUGCAAAAUGGUGAUGGGGUGAGUACUGAGACUGACAUAAAGACUGGACAAAAUGAUCUUCAGAGAACCGAUGGGACGAAAGAAAAGAUGAAUGAUAACCAGAAGGAAUGUGUGAUAAACGCAGAAUUGCUAAAAAAUAUAAAAGAAAACGAAAAUAGAGAUGAUACAGUGAGUACCCCAUCAUGCGAAAAUGAAAAGGAAAAUUUCAAUUUUUUGGAACAUUUCACAUCGGAAGAUGACAAUUCGUUAGUGAGUAAUUUAAAACCAGAAGAAAGCAAAGAACUCAUAGAUAGCGAUUAUUUUAAGAGGAUGAUGGAUGAUUUGAAUUUAACAGAGGAAGAAAUUAUGAAGCAACUUAAAAGAAGCGAAAAGAAUGUUUCGAGCUUGAUUAAUAAAAAUUUAUCUUUGGAGCAAAUUGAAAAAAAUGCAAAAAAUGAAGAGGCACAAAACGAAAAACUCUUUGAUACCUACAUGAACAGCAACAGCUCCAAAGUUGGCAAUUUUAUUAACUUUAAAAAAAUUGGGAAAAAAUAUAAAGAGGUUAUUUCUCAUGUUAUAGCCAUUUUUUUGAGUAAAGGAAAAAAAUUUACAGAAAUGAUCAAACUGAUAGAAGAGAAAAACGAAAUUAAUAUGUGUAUUUCUCUUUUGGAAGAAAAUGUUCUUUUCAAAAAUUUAAGUAAAGAUGUCUUAACAGAAAUUGUUAACAAGUCCAUUUUAUUUGGACACUUGAAUGAGAAGUUUUCAAACGACGCUGAGAAUUUUGAGUGGAGUAAAAAGAUCGAAAGCUGCAUUAUGCACUCAAUAUGUAAUCCUAAUUUUAAAGUAAAGCUUAUUACGUACUCAAAUAAUAGUAUUAGUGUGACUGUUGUCAGUUCCAAAAGUGUCCAUAUAGAUUCGGAUGAGCAUGAUGAAAUUGAGGGUUCCAUAAAAAAUGCCCUGGAAGAGUAUGAACGGGCUAAUGGCCUGGACAUUUUCUCCUCUUUCAACAUCCUCGUACACUUUAGUUAA